AUGGCAGAAGACAGCAGGUUCUGCAAAAAUUGUAAACAAGAUGUGGCUGCUGCCAAUUUCUCCCUCCAUGAGGCCCACUGCUUGAGAUUUCUUGCUCUCUGCCCAGACUGUGAUAAACCAGUUGCCCAUAAGGAUAUGGCAGACCAUCAAGCAGAAGCACACAAGCAGGUCAGAUGUAAGCUUUGUCACCAAAGCAUGCAGCAAUACCAGCUGGAGCAUCAUGAGACCGAGGAAUGCCUCAAACGAGCAGUAAGAUGCAGAAUCUGUGAGCUGGAGCUGCCCUUCGACAAGCUGAAGGAACACCUGGACACCUGCGCCAGCCGCACGGAGCAUUGUGGGGCCUGUAACAAAUACAUCACGUACAGAGACCAGAGCAAGCACAGAGAGGUUUGUCCAAACACUGACCUGUCCUAUCAGGAGGAUGUGAACUUUCAAACCAGGGAAGCAUCCACCAAGGCAACAUUUAUUUAUCCCACUGGUACUGGUGGCAAUCUCUGUCACAAGUGCAAUAAGGCAUUUCCAGAUGAGCAGUACCCCCAGCACCUGAAGAAAUGCAAUGCAGCCCAGAAGCCAACAGAAGAUUUUGAGGACCAGGCAACUUCCAAACUCAGCAGGGAUCCACCAAACCCUCCUCCUUCCUCCCUGGCUCCCUCUUCCUCCUCUAAGAAUGCAAUGGUGUGGAAAGAUGUCCGUCCCAAAACAAAACAAAGGGACCAGCCAAUGACCUCCAAAACCUUGCUUAAACCCCCAGAGAACAAAGAGAUUGGCUUUCCCUCUCCCACAUCACCUCAAGCUCUUGCAGACAUCCAGUCUUUUGACAUGCUGGAGACCUGUGCCCAUUGCAACAUUCUUCUGCCACUUCCAACCCUUCAGAAACAUGAGAUCAAAUGUCUGCGUUUAACAUCUUUGAAAAUGCUAGGAUGAAACAAACA